CUCCACACACAAGCCCUCUGCCUCAAGAAACACAACCACAUCUCCCUCUCCUCUCCCUCUCUCUCUCGCAAGAAGUAGAAAAUAUAUUAUCAUCAGCAUCAUAGUUAUAUAUACAUAUCAUGGUUGUUCUGUCUCAGCCGGCUCUAGACCAUUUCUCCCUGAUCAAGACAUGCACUGGCCCUGCUCCAGACGCCGCCUCAGCCGUCUCAGACAUCGAGAUCCCGGAGGUGGACCUCGCGGCAGCUGCCAGAGGGGGACGGGACGACGAGGUUAGGAGACUGGUAAGGGCGUGCGAGGAGCUGGGGUUCUUCAAGGUGGUGAAUCAUGGGGUGGGAACCGAGAUGAUGGGGCGGGUGGAGGCCGAAGCCGAGAGGUUCUUCAAGCUGCCACAGUCGGAAAAGGACACGGCCGGGCCACCCAACCCGCUGGGCUAUGGGAGCAAGAGGAUCGGGCCCAAUGGUGACAUCGGAUGGAUCGAAUAUCUGCUUCUCCACACCAGCCCCGACGUCACCUCCCUUAACUCCCUCGCUGCCUUCCGCGUCGCCCCGAAUGGCCAUACUUUCCGGACGGCUGUCGAAGAAUACGUGAAGGCUGUGAAGGGGUUGGCUUGCGAGGUACUGGAGCUGAUGGCAGAGGGGCUGAACAUCGAGCCGAGGGAUUCCCUUAGCGCGAUGCUGAGGGACAACAAGAGUGACUCAUUGUUCCGCCUCAACCACUACCCUCCAUCGCCACCCGAGCUUCAGCUUCAGCUUCAGCCCUUUCUAGGCGGUCGGAGUCAGCUUCUCGGGUUCGGGGAGCACACGGACCCACAGAUCAUAUCUGUCCUGAGAUCGAACGACACCGCAGGCCUGCAAGUGUGCCUCCGGGACGGGACCACCUGGGUGUCCGUCCCGCCUGACCGCUCCUCCUUCUUCAUCAACGUCGGCGACUCAUUGCAGGUGUUCACAAACGGGAGGUUCAGGAGCGUGAAGCACCGAGUUUUCGCGGACCCUACGAGAUCCCGGGUCUCGAUGAUCUAUUUCGGGGGUCCACCGCUGAGCCAGAAGAUAGCAUCAAUGGAGGGACUAAUGGAGGAAGGGGAGGAGAGCUUGUACAAGGAGUUCACAUGGUGUGAAUACAAGAAGUCAGCAUACAAGUCAAGGUUGGGUGAAUAUAGGCUAGGGCUUUUCGAGAAAGCUGUUGCAGGCCGAUGACGUGGUCAAACUUCACACCCUCCUUGGUCUGGUCAUUUUGCUUCUCCUAAGGCCAAAGGAAAAGGAAAGAAAGAAAGGAAGGGAUAAUUAGCGUUUUUGUCAACGGUGAAAAGUCGGAUACAUACAUAUGGGAAAAAGUUGACGUACUUGCUAUAUAUAUAUAUAUAUAUAUACUCGCAUAUCUAUAGAUAUAUAUUGAAAGAGAGUAGGUUAUUUCUCUUUUUUCUUUUCCUAUCUUUAUUAAACCUUACUAGACUAUGUGUUUAGUCUUUGUUUACUUUUCUUAAUGGUAUCAGUCUAUGUGUAAAAAGCUGUCCCUUCUACCAUCAAUGCGAGUUUAUCCUCAUCCUCGUUAUCCAUGCAA